GUUGAAAGCCAGUUGGAUCAAUUAGCAGCCCAUAAAGCAGAGAUCCUUCUUUUGUGGUCUUGAAAGCCUUUUGUGGUCUUUCUGAUUCUGAAGAUCGUUUGCAUAAUGUGCCGCUGGUGGCGUAGAAGGUAAAGUCAUGGGAAAGGGGGGAGGCAUCCUGAAGAUUUGUGCCCCCACCACAUGCCUAGUUUUUAAAGAUGGUCCAGGGAGUUUUCUGAUGAAUUUUCUGAGUUUCCUUUUUUGUCACCAUCCAAAUUGCAGCAGUUGGAGUCCUGUAGCAACAUCUGGAGGGAACCAGGUUUGGGGAGGCUUGAUGGAGAAAACUUCAGGGUAAUUUAGCAUUGUAACACUUGGUGACUGGCCAGGGGCUUAUCCUGGCUCUGAUCAGGAGUAGCCAGAAUCAGCCACUCGCUGUCCAAUGUGGAAAGUGGAGCAGAGGACCUUGUUAGUCAUCUGCAGGAGAGCAGCCCUGGGGAUCAGCUCUGCACUCUUUGCAAAAUAAGAAGUAACUGAGAGCGCCUUUUGUCUGUUUAAAAAGUUGUUGUGACUUGGCACAGUUAGUUAGGUGAGGUUUUUUUAUAAUUUUAUUUAUAAUUUUCAUUUAUAUUACAACAAUAGUUCAACUAUAAUUCUAACAUUUCGAACCUCAACUUCCUCCCCCCUCUUUCUGUGGUUCCUUAUAUUUAUUUUCACAUUUUCUGCAUACUCCAAAUUAUCUUAACUCAUUCUUUUAAUCAUCUGUUCUCAUAUAUAUUUUUGAAACUGUAGGUUUUUGCAAUAAUCCCGUCAAUGUCUUAAUCUGUUUACAGUUUAUUUGUAAAUAUUCAAUAACCCAUUUCCAUUCCAUUAUAAAAUCUUUUGUGUCUUAUUCUUCUUAUUCUUUAGUUUCUUAUUCUUUUGGUAAGCUUUGCCAUUUCCGCAUAAUCCAUUACUUUUACUAGCCAUUCUUCUUUCAUUGGGACAUUUACUUCUUUUCCAUUUUUUGGCAAAUAACAUUCUUGCAGCUGUAGCUGCAUAUAUAAAUGCAUUUAUAUACUGUUUAGGUAGUUCUGAACCUAUAAUUCCCAAGAGAAAAGCUUCUGGUUUUCUUACAAAUGUUAUCUUAAACAUCUUUUCAAUUCAUUAUAUAUCAUUUCCCAGUAAGCUUUGACCUUAUUACAAGACCACCACAUGUGAAAAAAAUGAACCUUCUUUCUCUUUACACUUCUUAUGAGUGUUUGGGAAGACUGCUCCCUCUCCAGCCUAUUCCAUCGGGCCCAAGGGGCGGGGCCUACACUCACGCAUACUCUGAGCAGCUCCCUGCAGCAAGUGGCGAAAAUGGUUUUAAAUGUUUUAAGUGUUCUUAAUUUGCUGCACCUCAGAUGGUGGUUUUUUAUAAUAUUAUUUUAUUUUAUUAUUUUCUUUCUGCUAGGAGUGGGAUAAAUGUUUAGUCAGGGAGGGGAGUAGUUUAAUUUUAGCAUAAUUGUUUCUUGCUUUGUUUUUACUUUCAUUAUUUUGUUAAGUUAUUGUAUACUGUAGUUUGUAUUUUGCUUAUUAAGGAGAAGGGUCAGGGCUGCCUGGGAGUGGGCCUCAGCCAAUAGAGUGACUGGGGCAAGUUCCACAGGGGGGGAUGUUUUGGGACACCAGAUCUCAGUGAUCACGGGCAGGAGGAGGAGUUACACUAAGACCAGACCAUGUCAUUACCGAGGAGGCAGGCUUAGUCGUUGUUUGAGGACUAUCCCUGCCUCCAGGUCUGACCAGAAGGAUACUGGAAUCAACAAGGGAAACCCACAUGACCUGAAAGUGUUCCUGUGCAAUGCCAGGUCAAUGAUGAAUAAAACCACUGCCACCCUUACCUGACUGUGGAUGGAGGAUUUGACCUGGCAUGUGUGACAGAGACCUGGUUGGAUGAAGUAGAUGGGCCUGUCCUUGCCGCUGCUUGUCCACCAGAUUUCUCUUACGCACAGCAACCCAGGUCAUGUGGGCGGGAAGGGGGGGUUGCAGUGAUUUUUAGGAAGUCAUUAGUCUGCACCAAGUGUCCCAUUGAGAAGACCCAGUUUUCUGAGUGCAUAUUCUGGAAGUUGGGCAAUAGGGGCAGUACAGGAUUCCUUUUGGUGUACCGACCUCCCCACUGCACCAAGGAUUCCCUGCCCAAGCUGCUUCAGGUAUGGCAGAUAUGCUUCUGGAGUUUGGUUGUCCUGGGGGAUUUUAACAUCCAUGCCGACACGACCUUAUAAGGGGCCACUCGGGACUUCGUGGAAAGCAUGGCCUCCAUGGGGCCUCCCUGAAUAAGUUUGGCCCAACUCAUAGUCAUGGACAUGCCUUAGACCUGGUGUUUACCUCUACGGAUGUUGGUGAUCUGACACUAAGUAAAAGCAAAACAAAAGAAGUGCCAUGGUCAGAUCACUUCCUGGUGCAACUGGACUUCUCCGUGACCCUUCCCCUCUGCAGGGAGGUGGGACCGAUUCAGAUGGUCUGCCCCCGCCACUUAAUGGAUCCAAUUGGCUUCCAGAGAGUGGUAGGGGAUGUUUUAUCCCAAGUUGAUGGCCUUUCAGCCGAUUCCCUGGUGGCCUGCUUGAAUGCAGAGUUAACCAGGGCUAUUGACUGUCUGGCUCCGAAGCGCCCUCUCCAAUUGCAUGGAGCCCGAACAGCCCUGUGGUUUUCCCCGGAGCUGAGGGCGAUGAAACAAUCGUUGAGAUGGCUAGAGCACCGGUUCCGGAAAACUCAUUCUGAAUCAGAUUAGACACAGGCUAGAGCUCAACGUCGAGCCUACCAAGUGGCAAUGGCAACGGUGAAGAGGGCCUUCUUCACCGCCUCUAUUGCAUCUGCAGAAAACAUCAGCAGGAGACUCUUUCAGGUGGUUCACAAUCUAUCGAAACCACCUGCGUCACCAGGGCCUGGUAGGGACCCCAAGAUCUCCUGCAAUGCUUUUGCAAAGUUUUUUGCAGAUAGUCGCUCAGAUUUGGAAGGAGGUAGACUCUACCAUGGGAGCAGGGCUGGGGCGGGAGAGUGCUAGAGUCCUGUCUAGUCAUGUUACAUGGGAUAAAUUCCAAUCUGUUACCUCCGAGGAUGUGGACAGGCUGCUUGGACAAGUGAAACCGACCACCUGUCUCCUUGAUCCUUGCCCAUCCUGGCUAAUAAAAGCGAGCGGGGAAGGGCUGGGCGAUGGGGUGGUGAAUGCUUCCCGCCUACCCAGACCUGCUGAAAGAGGCGGUCAUUAAACCGCUUCUUAAAAAAAAAUCUGUAGACCCGGCCAAUAUGACCAACUAUCACCCAGUCUCAAAUCUACCAUUCUUGGGCAAGGUGAAUGAAGGCAGUGAAGGUCCUGUGUGAGUGCCUGGAGGCGGUUAGAGGAUGGGUGGUGACUAACAGAUUGAGGUUGAAUCCUGACAAGACAGAAGUACUGUUUUGGGGGGACAGGGUGUGUGGGGGGGGGACUCCCUGGUCCUAAAUGGGGUAACUGUGCCCCGAAGGACCAGGUGUGCAGCCUGGGAGUCAUUUCGGACUCACAGCUGUCCAUGGAGGUUCAGGUUAAUUCUGUGUCCAGAGCGGCUGUCUACCAGCUCCACCUGGUACACAGGCUAAGACCCUACCUGCUCUUGUUAUCUCCCGCUUGGACUACUGCAAUGCACUCUACGUGGGGCUACCUUUGAAGGUGACCCAGAAACUGCAAUUAAUCCAGAAUGCGGCAGCUAGACUGGUGACUGGGAGUGGCUGCCAGGACCACAUAACACCAGUCCUGAGAGAUCUGCAUUGGCUCCCAGUACGUUUCCGAGCACAAUUCAAAGUGAUGGUGCUGACUUUUAAAGCCCUAAACGGCCUCGAUCCUAUAUACCUGAAGGAGCGUCUCCACCCCCAUCGUUCAGCCUGGACACUGAGGUCCAGCGCCGAGGGCCUUCUGGCGGUUCCCUCAUUGCGAGAAGUGAGGUUACAGGGAACUAGACAGAGGGCCUUCUCGGUAGUGGCGCCCAAGUGUUAAAAACAAUACAGCAUUAAAUAUUAAAAACUUCCCUAAACAGGGCGCCCUUCAGAUGUGAAGGAAAUAAGCAGCUAUCUUAUCUUUAAAAGACAUCUGAAGGCAGCCCUGUUUAGGGAAGUUUUUAAUAUUUAAUGCUGUAUUGUUUUUAACACUUGAUUGUGAGCCGCACAGAGUGGCUGGGGAAACUCAGCCAGAUGGGCGGGGUAUAAAUAAUAAAUUAUUAUUAUAUUAUUAUUAUUCAUAUGUUUUGCGAGUCUACUAGGUGUUAAAUACCAUCUAUAUAACAUUUUUCAUAUAAUUUUCUCUUAUACCAUAGCAAAUUGUAAAUUUUAUAUCCGUAUUCCACAAUCGUUCUCAUGCUUCCAUUUCUAUGUUAUGACCAAUAUCUAUUGUCCAACGUAUCGUUGAAGAUUUCACUUGUUCAUCCUUUGUUUCCCGUUCCAAUAACAUCUUAUGCAUUGUAGUCAUCACUUAAAUGUUACAGUCUAACAGAUCUUUGCUUCUCCCUUCUUCCACAGAACAGCCAGAGUCUCAGAUGGGAGAGCCAAGCCCGACCCCUCCCUCCCCUCGGAGCUGGAGGAAGUCUUCAAAUAUGAGGGGAGCCUGUGGAAAGAGACUGCUGGCCGCAACAUCGCAGGCUCUCUUCCGGCACGGGAGGUCCUCCGGCAGGAAGCCAUUCAUGGUGAGGAGGGUCUUUCUGUGGCUCUUACCUCAGGUCUCCCUCAGAAAUAUUAGGCAAGGGAGUCCAUGGGGAUCUUCACUUUCGUAAAGCAUGGGGAGGGAGGGAGUGCCUGGGAGAUCGGCUGGGAAGUGGGUCCUUCUCCCUCCCAAGGGUAGCCUGGAACUUUUGAGUUCUCAAAAAUGGCCAGGAGAUCAUUUUUCUCCAGACAAGUCCCAGAAUGGCAGUGGUGGACUUUGGGCUCUCCAAUUCCAGUGCCACCAUGUGCAACUCCCCCCCUACCCCAAGGCCCACUGCUGCCUCUCGCACUCUGUUCCAAAGCAUUGUUUUGGCACUCCCUGCAGUGCAGCACCCAGUGCAGCCACACCAGUCACGCCUCCCUAAAACUGCCAGAGCCAUGGGGUGCUUCCUGGUGUCCAGGCUGGCAAAUGGCCACAGCUCAGCGGUGGAGCCCUUGCCUUGCCUGCAUGAGCCCCAAGUGCAGUGGCAUCUCCAGGAAGGCCUGGGAAGGAGGAACCCCUGCCUGAGGCGCUGGACAGCCACCUGCCGAUCAGCAUGGAGGUCACUUUGGGCCAGGAGGACCAACUCCUUGGCACCCCACCAAUGGCCACUCUUUGGGCUUUGCUCCCAGUUCAGGAGGAGAGCAGGAUCCAUCUCUCCUUGUCAGGCAGAACCCAAGUCUUUUUUCAAAGAACAGUCCACUUUAGCUGCCUCUCUUCCAGACCCUGCUGGGAUGUGGCCUCUACCUGAUGUUGCCCCUUCUGCCCUCUUUUUUUAAUGGUAUUAUUAAGGUUACAAAAAUGAAGAAAUCUAAAUACAAGAAAAAAGUAAAAUUUUUAAAAUAUGACAAAAGAAGUAGAAGAUAAAAAAAACAUACAAAAAUAAAACAGUUUUAAGACAUUAAUUUUCAAACCUAUCUUCUCUAGACUUAUUUCCCCGGACCUCCUCAUACCUCCUUUGCAUGUUCCAGUUCAGUUUGUUGGUUCAACCAAAUCCUUACCAUUAAACUUUUUGUAAUUAUGACCUUUUUUUUCAUAUCUCUUAAGGCAUUACAGCUAAAGCUCUUAGUUUCUAUCAACAUCCUUCUAGAUUCCUUAAUUUUACAAUAUUUCUGUAAAUAGUCUUUAAAUUUCUUCAGUCUUCUUUCACCAACUCUUCUCCUGGUCUCGGAUUCUGCCAGUCAUUUCCAUGUUGGUUCCAUGUAGUCCAUCACCUUUGCCUUGAGACCCCACCCCAGUCAUUCAGUUUGUGCCAAACUUCCACACACUCACACUCACACUCACACAUAUGCCACACUUCUGUUAUAAAUUCAUAGAAAAAUCAAUAACCAUACAUCGGUUUGCACUGUUCCAUUUUUAUUUUACUCCAUAUGACAAGGACUAUCAAAAGUGGGUGGCUUAGUUUCUAGUCCCAGCCAUAAUCCCUUCACCAUCCCAGCACAGUGCUACAGGCCUAGUUGCACUAUGCCAACCCUGAUGGUCCUAGACAGAGACCAUCAAGAUCACAAAGAACUUGCAUGUGGGAGUGGAUUCAGCAUGGACUGAGAGCAAGGACAAUGAUCAGAUCUUCCCUCUGGGGGCAGAAGCUGCCAACUCCCCUUUGUCUCCUGGAAGUGACUCAUGGGCAGAGGAGGAACCAGCCAGGUGAGCAGGACACUCAGGUUGCACCUCAACCCCUCUUUUCAUGUGUAUGCAUGAUGUUUCUGGGUGCAGGCUUGACCUAGAGGAUAGAAUUUCAAAGUUUUUUAUAAGGUCUUACACCAUCUUUCUAGGUCUUUCCUCUACUCCCACUGCAGAGUGAGAGACACCCUGUUGCAACAGUUCAAUAAAGGCCAAGCCUACAGGCUGCUUUUGUUUUGCUCCAAGUUAUCCCCUGGUUGGUGUCUUUGUUUUUGUCAAAGGGCCUCCAGCGGAUUUUCAGUAACACCUUCCAUCUGCCAUUCUUCAGAGUGGGUAGAUCUUGUGUCUUCCAGCCUUUAGUGAUACAUGCUGUUGUAGCAUACAUAAAAAGGUUCUGUCCUUCUUUGCGUGGUGUGACAAGUACCCCAGAAGAAGGCCUCUGGUUUCUGGAAGGUGGCCCCAAGUACUUUUUGUUUCAUUAUAAAUCAUCUCCCAAGAAAGCCUUAAUCCCCUUGGGCCGUCAAAAGGUGGCACCUUGGUUCUUUACAUUUCCAACAUUUGUGUCAGGCAAACUGAUAGAUUUUUGCAAGCUUGACUGGUCAUGUACCACCUAUUAUGUCAUUUUCAUAAUGUUCUCUCUUAGGGCAUUGUGCAUUGGGAUUUCAUACCUGUGGUCCAUAACUGUUCCCAGUCAGCAAACACUGUGUAUGUCCAACAUCUUGUACCCAUUUAAUCUGCAGAUUUCACGUUUCAUCUGAGUAUUCCAUUUCAACAGCAAGUUAUACAUCUUUGACAAAAUCUUAGUUUUGGGUUCUAACAGUUCUGUUUCUAGUUUUGAUUUUUCCACCUGGAAGCCAAUUUUCUUAUCCAAAUUGUAUGCCUCCAUUAUCUGAUAGUAUCUGGCAGGGCAAAUCCACCUCUGUCCUUCUGCCCUCUUUGCACAGAGCUGUUUAUGAUGACCUGAGCUCCCUUCGUAUUGUGGCCGUGCUCUUCUAUCAGCGGCUCCAUACAGAAAAGCUCCUUUCGCAGGAGGAGCUGACCCUCAUCUUCCCCGACCUAAGAGAACUGAUUAAGAUCCUUCCCCUCCAGACCGGUCCCCAUUCUGUGGCUGGCCCAGGCCUCCGCUUCUUCCUGGGUGGGUCAGGGGCAGAGGGAGAAGGGACUAAAAGAAAAGCACAGCAUCCAAAGAGCUCUGCAGCAGGAUCAGGCCCAAGGGGCCCAGCCAGACCUGCAGCCUGUUUUCAGGGGGCCCCACAAGCCGCAGGGCAGGAGCACAAGUGCAAUGCCCCCCCCAAGGAACGGGGAAUGUUCAGAGGCAUCCACUGCCUUGGGCAGGGAGGAUGGAGGGGGCAGCCAGUUGCUGCCUCUGAGCCUAACCUACCUCACAGGGUUGUUGUGGGGAUUAAUUGAGGAGGGAAUCCAUGGACACCCUCUUAAGUUCCUUGUAGGGUAAGGUGGGGUGUAAAUGACAUAAACAAAUGAGACGCCUGGUCUCUCCACCACUGAGAAAGUGGUAUUAAAAAAAGAGCAGGCCGUCUCCAUCCCCCUCCUGUCCCUGCUGGGGUUAUUCUUUAUUCCCCCACUCCCGUUGCCUUGCUCAACCCCCCCUCCUGUGUUUCUUCCCUCCCCUCCCAGGUUCUCUGUCAGGGAAGAUGAGGGAUCUGCAGGAGGAAGGGCCCCUCAUUGGGGAGAUGGGGGACCUCCUGCUUUCCCAGGUAAGGAUCCCAGAGCAGGGCGGAGAGGCUGGCGGCAACUGGGAGGGGGCUGCCUGUGGGUCUCCAGUGGACUGGGGCCCUUGAUUUCCUGAUGCUCACCAUUUGUGUUUCCUCUCCCCUGCCCCCUUCCUGCCUUCCCCCCAGCUUGGUGUGGCUGCAUCUGAGGAGCUCCGGCAGGCCGUCCUGAAGGGCAGCUUGCAGCAGGCCAGGGGCAGGGAGAUCCUUCAGGAGAAGCAGCAGAGGGAUGCUCGUUUCAGGCGUGUCAUCCAGGUAAGCUGUGUGAGAAGAGGAGGCUGAGCUCACGGAAGGGGCCUUCUCAGCUGCUGGCUGGGCACUGUCCCUGGGGGGCUCUUUUCCCAUGCGAGGGGAGGGGCAGGAGGCCUGUCCUCUUCUCCCGGCUGCCCACUCCCUGGGCAAAUGCAACAGUGCAGAAGAACCAGCCAGGUGGUGUAGGUUAGCGGGUACCGUAUUUUUCGCCCUAUAGGACGCACUUUUCCCCCUCCAAAAAUGAAGGGGAAAUGUGUGUGCGUCCUAUGGGGCGAAUGCAGGCUUUCGCUGAAGCCUGGAGAGCGAGAGGGGUCGGUGCGCACUGACCCCUCUCGCUCUCCAGGCUUCAGGAAGCUCUGCGCAACCCUCGGGAGACCGGCUCCCGCGAAGUCCCGCCCCACUCCGGAUGGCCGCGCAGAGCUGCCUGCCGUCCCUGGCUCAGUGCAGCUCUGCGCGGCCACCGGGAGCAGGGUGCGAAGUCCCGCCCCGCUCCCGAUGGCCGCGCAGAGCUGCCUGCAGUCCCGGGAUCAGCGCAGCUCUGCGCGGCCACCGGGAGCCGGGCGCGAAGUCCCGCCCCGCUCCGGAUGGCCGCGCAGAGCUGCCUGCAGUCCCAGGAUCAGCGCACUUCUCCCCAUCGCCAGCCCCACAAGCUCGGGGGACAGCGGGGAGGCAGAGCGCACCUUCCCGCUGUUCCCCAACCUAGUUCUUCCAGCCCCGCACCUGGGGGGGGGGGAAUAAAAAAUAUUUUCUUUAUUUCCCCCCAAAAAAACUAGGUGCGUCCUAUGGGCCGGAGCAUCCUAUGGAGCGCAAAAUACGGUAAACUCUAGUUCCUUGCCACCCCAAUCUCCACAUGGUGCGAGAUUGCAGGGGUUCCCGGGGCUUCCUCUGGGUUUGGUGUCCUUGGAAUGUGGGGCAGCCUCCUGUCUCACAGCAGCCGCCAGCUGCCCCAAAGGAGAAGCCCCAUAGCAAGCAGGAGCUGAGCAGCAAGGCUCACCCCACUGGUUUUGCUGCUUGUGACCCUGGAGGUGGCUGACUCUCUCUGGCACCCAAAUACAUGUCAAUAAUAAUAAUAAUAAUAAUAAUAAUAAUAAUAAUUUAUUAUUUGUACCCCGCCCAUCUGGCUAGGUUUCCCCAGCCACUCUGGGCGGCUUCCAUAGAAACCAAAAAUACACUAAAAUAUCACACAUUAUGUUGUCUGUCUGCUUCCUUCUCUGCCAUUCCCAGGAAAUUGAGAGCAGCCCGGAAUGCCACCAGCGCCAGCUGGCCAGUUUCCUGGAUUGCGAGCUGCAGCGCCUGGCCAGUUACCCUCUGCUGCUGAAUCAGAUCAUCCAGCACACCAACAGUAUGUCUCUCUUUCUCCAUAUCUUGGUGUGUUGGGUGCGGUGGGGAGGGUGUCCCAGGAAAGCUGCAUCUCUCCAUGACUCCAUGUUGAUGUGCUUCCUAAUUUUGGGAGGUUGUGAGGUGCAUUGAGCCUGCCUUACUAGGGAAAGCCAGCACCCAGAGGGUGAUGGGGCGGGGAGGGGGGAGAGACGAUGCCCGUCUGUUGCAUUAGUGCCCCAUGAGGCUGUGUCUGUAGGGCAUAGGUAUUGUUCAGCAGCCCACUUUCCUAUCAGCAAACAAGGAUCUGUUUGCCUUAUGCAUCUGAGUUGCUGAUGCUUAUCUGCAGUCUGGGUCCUCACGGGGUCUGUGUACAUGGCUUGGAGCUGUUGGCUGAAGGUGUCAAAAUCGGCCAGCAGUGGACUCUCUUGUUGCAGCAAACUCCCUCUUUGACCGUCAUGUGGCUGCCAUACGUCCCCGGCCUCCACAAUUGAGAUAUAGUCCCUCUCUGCAUCUCCUUUCAUUCUCAGCCAUUGUCAAAUGAAGGCAUAUUCCGGAGCUGGUUGGGGCAUUCUGGGAUAUAGAAGUAUAUUUGCCCGUAUUUAUAGAUAAUCCUAUUUUGUGAGGAUCUGUCUGCAGUGUUAAUAUUGUCCUCAUCUAGGGCAAUAGCUUUACUUAUUUCGGCAUGAUCCCACCCCCAUUCUCGCAUUGAAAUCCCCACAUAACAAAACCUCUGUAGGGAAUGUUUCCUCAAUACGUGUGGGUUUUUAUACAAACACCUCCCCCCCCCCCAAAAAAUACAAAAAUGUAAAAAUGUCUGUUGUUCCUAUUACGUCAUUGAAAAACCACACACCCAACCAUUCCCCAAAGUUGUUUAGCAUUCAUUCAAUUUAGAAUCAGCUCUUUUAAGCUUUAUUUUUAUUUUUUUGCUGUUCUCAGAAAUCCUAACCUUGAUGGUGCCACUCAAACAAAUGGGAAUUUUCACUGCCUCAAAGCCUAUCUAUUUUGAUGUUUUUGGAAGCUGGUUUGGCUUAUGUGCUGACUUGUAGUUUUUUUAUGUAUUCUACUUAAAAACAAACAAUAAAAAACAAAUUGCUGGACUCUGUACUGAAAGAAGUUGAAUUCUGUGACCUCAAAGUGCCUUUGCUGCAUAAGUGUCAGAAUCAGUGGUCCUGGUGGAUGGAUGUGGGCAAGGAGAAGCUGGCUCCUUUGCAGCAGCAGGAGGCUUUCAGAGUGCACAUUUGUGGUGCCCUAAACCACAAUCUACACCAUAAUAUUGG